ACAAAAGUACCGGCACCUCGAGCUCACGCGCUUGACUCACGCAACGAGUCACAUUUGUUGUCUGACACCAUAAAAGCUCACCGUUUUCUCGACCGUCGUCUGUGUUGACGUGAGCUGUGUCUCGAACGAACCGAAGGAGGGCCCGCCAGUUUACAACACUUCCAUAAUCCCCUGAAUCGCCGGAUGGGGAACACAGUUCAACCAAUGCGUAGUUCCUUCACGAAUGCUGACCUUGUAGAAUGUGUUCUGGUUUCUCUGCCUGACUUUCGUUGCCUUGCAUCAACAAUCUUGACCUCAAAGACUAUCUACAACGUCUUUCAACAACAUCCGCGCUCGGUCGUUCGUUCUGUGGCAUACAACUUGGUUGGGCCAGCCUUACCACAAGCGUUACGUCUUGUCCGGUGCCAAAAUGCGCAACUAUAUUCCAAGCCCAUUGAUGAACUUUUGGGCGAGGACGAUAUCCAAAAAAAUCCAGCGCUUUCCAGCGAAGACAUCAUUAGCCUUGUGGCCAUUUCCGCCUGCGUUCAAAUUCAAGAGCUCGAAAGCCUGUUUAGUUGGAGAAUGAAAGACCGAAGAUUUAAGACAAGCCAGCUUUCCUUGGCGGAGUCGACACGAUUCCAGAAAGCGAUGUACAGAUUGUGCUUGUUCUCAGCCGCCUAUGGCUGCAAGGCUUACCAGUCAGUUCUUGAACCUGACUCAGAUUUAGAAGAAGUCGAAUCGGCACUCGAAGCAGCCCGGACACUACGAAAAGGUUUCUUCGAUAGUUUUUCCACUCCUGAGCUGAGGGACAUUCAAAGGGUUGAAAUGUUCUUGCGGGGAAUCAUUGCCCGGGCUGAGGGUGAUUGCUUUACUACGAUCCCACCUGCGACCUACAGCCCUGAGUCAUCAUAUGCGUUAUACUGCGCCCCCCAUAAAGUAAUUGAUGUAUAUAAGGAGGGGUUGGACUGCAUCGAUAUAUGCGAAGAAGAGGAUGAAGAACUUUUCUUUCACAACUUCAUGGAUGGGCCUUUAACCUCUGUCCUGGCCGAUAGGAAAGAACCGAAUAUCAUUCCUGUUAAACAAAAACAAGCUAUAAUCGACGAAGUGAUUGGAGAGCAUGAUCGGUGCUCACAAUGUCAAUCCGAUAUUGUGCAGGGGUUGGAUCUAUGGGGACCAAGUAACUGGAGCUACCUCUGGGACACCCCACCUCUCUACUCAAUCACGCAAUUACUGAAAGGCUAUGUCAGCGCAAAUCUUGCAGACAAAGCCCAUUUCACGACUGUGUUGCGGGAGACAUCAGCUGCGGAGCUGGUCGAGGGGUUAUUCGACUACAAAACACCGGCUUAUUACACCUGGAACAAAGAAGACUGGCUAUGUCGACAAUGCUUGGAGAAGCUUAUGCGCGACCAUCUCCAUAUCUGGUACUUGGGGCAGAAGGUUAAGCGAGGAGACGUGAUUCCAGGUAACUGCUGGUACGGAUAUAACUGUCGUACCCAGACACACAAACUAGAACAUGCGCAGAAACUGAAUCACUGGUGUGAACCUAUCAAGGGAGAUGCCCCUCCGACAAACAUAUAAGGGUCACGGAUUCUUUUAUGGAUCUUGAAUCGUAACAUGUAUUUUUAAGUUCGGCGAUUUCUUUUGUAUAGGCCGCGCAUCGAGAUUUGUCACGAUAC